CGGGGAGGACCCGGGUGGACCUACAGCGAGGUGGAGGAGGAGCAGGAGAAGGAGCCCCGGGAUCCCCUCGCCCCUCCCCCAGCGCCCAGUGAGUUAUGACAUCGGCGGGGAGGGGGAGGGAGAGAGAGGGGCAGGCUCGGAGAGGCCAUGUGAUUCUGGGCGCCCGCGAGCCGCUGCCGAGCCGCCUCCUUCCUCCUCGGAUCGCGGGCUGUCAUGGCGACCCCCAACAACCUGACCCCCACCAACUGCAGCUGGUGGCCCAUCUCAGCGCUGGAGAGUGAUGCUGCCAAGCCGGUGGAGGCCCCCAACGCUCCCGAGGCGGCCAGCCCCGCCCAUUGGCCCAAGGAGAGCCUGGUUUUGUACCACUGGACCCAGUCCUUCAGCUCACAGAAGGUGCGGCUGGUGAUUGCAGAGAAGGGCCUGGCAUGUGAGGAGCGAGAUGUGAGCCUGCCACAGAGCGAACAUAAGGAGCCCUGGUUCAUGCGGCUCAACCUGGGCGAGGAGGUGCCCGUCAUUAUCCACCGAGACAACAUAAUCAGUGACUACGAUCAGAUCAUCGACUACGUGGAGCGCACCUUCACAGGAGAACACGUGGUGCCCUUGAUGCCUGAGGCAGGCAGUCCACAACACGCCCGAGUGCUGCAGUACCGGGAGCUACUGGACGCACUGCCCAUGGACGCCUACACACAUGGCUGCAUCCUGCAUCCUGAGCUCACCACAGACUCCAUGAUCCCCAAGUAUGCCACGGCUGAGAUCCGCAGACAUUUAGCCAACGCCACCACAGACCUCAUGAAACUGGACCAUGAAGAGGAGCCACAACUCUCUGAGCCCUACCUUUCUAAACAGAAGAAGCUCAUGGCCAAGAUUCUGGAGCAUGAUGAUGUGAGCUACCUGAAGAAGAUCCUCGGGGAGCUGGCCAUGGUGCUGGACCAGAUUGAAGCAGAGCUGGAGAAGAGGAAGCUGGAGAAUGAGGGGCAGAAAUGCGAGCUGUGGCUCUGCGGCUGUGCCUUCACCCUGGCAGACGUCCUUCUCGGAGCCACCCUGCACCGUCUCAAGUUCCUGGGACUGUCCAAGAAAUACUGGGAAGAUGGCAGUCGGCCCAACCUGCAGUCCUUCUUUGAGAGGGUCCAGAGACGCUUUGCCUUCCGGAAAGUCCUGGGUGACAUCCAUACCACGCUGCUGUCAGCUGUCAUCCCCAACGCAUUCCGGCUGGUCAAGAGGAAACCACCAUCAUUCUUCGGGGCAUCCUUCCUCAUGGGCUCCUUGGGCGGGAUGGGCUACUUUGCCUACUGGUACCUCAAGAAAAAAUACAUCUAGAGUGGGGCCAGGGCCUGGUGUCUGACUGGCGGUGUCUCUGUGCUGUGUGCUUCCCAACUCCCUCUCAGUAGCUCGCUGUCCCAUGAGCACUGGACAGCACUCCCUUGUUCUGAGUAAUUCUAUCGUCAGUGUGACAACAUUCCAUAGUGUAGAAGUAGAUGUCGCCAACACCGUGAUUUGAGGCCAUGCCUCUACUUGAGGAGAGAGAGAGCGCUCAAGAAAACAAACACAAACACGAAUGCCUUUUCUUCUGAUUCAAGGUCUCAAGACAUUACUGUGGGAACUGGUUAGGAUUUGAGGUGAGUCCCAGGACACUCCACCCAGCAGGGCUCAGGUUCUGGGAGGUGCUGGGGACUCAAAGGGCCUGACCCCAGCCUUCCCUCUCACCAGGGACCUCUUCUAUAGGACAAAGCCAACAUCGGAGAUGCAACUCAACUAGCCAGUAACUCCAGCUGGGGUUGGAGAACCAGAGUCCCCUGGGAGGCCUCUGAAGACCAGAAGGGGUCUCAUUCUUCUCCUGGACAUGGACUGUGACAGCACUGGCUGGAACCAAGCAGUGGCACCCCCAAACCUGGCUGUGGCUGGGACCAACACCAUGGGCACACCCUUCACCCUCCCCCGAUUGGCCAGCGAGCACGGUUUGGCACCCAAAUAGAAACCCCCAAAGCAGCAGCCAUCAGCCACUUGUACCUUGAGUUGAGUUCCCAUCCUGCGAGGUGGGACCUUCAGCAAAAGCCAUGUUGACCUUCCCUCUGAAGGUCUGUCUCAGCUCAAGAAUAAUGGUGGUUCCUCACCACCUCCCUUAGUGCCCACCUUUCCGUAUUCCAGAGGCUUCCCCUGUGCUGCAUGCAGUGGGGUCUCUCCACACUGACCCCGCCCCCAUCCGGGUCUGACUUUCCUGUGCCUUUUGCAUGUUGGGAAACAGUCUGGGUGUCACUGCUGCAGAUGCUUAGAAACCACUGAGAGUCCCCAAUAAAGCAUCCAGGAGGAA